AGCACAUGCAUUACUAUGCAAUUACAAAGUCUAGAGGUGAGAGAAAGUCAGAGAGAGAAACUUCGUAGAGAUAAGAUGGGAUGCACUUCACUGCUUAGAAGCCCCAAGAAAGAAGAACAAGAAGUACCCGAUGCCAAUUCUAACCAAGCUUACACCUAUGAAGGGUUCAGUAUUUUGGACGAACUCGAAGGGGUCUUGAACACCAAGGAAGAGCAAAACUUUCCACAACAAAACUCUUCAAGUGGUGGUGAACUUCAUUGGGAUUUCAUGGAAUGGGAGGAGUUUCAACCCCCCAAUGUUGGAGAGGAAGGAGAAGAUGAAAAUGAAGGGAAAGAGCAUACAAGAAAGAACACAAGGAGCAAAUGCCUCUUUGAGGAGGAGCAAGCGAUUAUAAGGAGAGAAAGCAAUAACAACAUUGUUGGGUUUUGGGAAGUGGAUGAUGAGAAGAUGGUGGCUUUGAAUUUGAACUUGAACUAUCAAGAGGUUUUGGAUGCAUGGUCUGACCGAGGCUCUCUAUGGGCUGAUGAUUGUUCUCUUUCAUUCCCCACCAAUAAUGCCUACUAUAUGGGAGAAGUGCCAGUGUUGGAAGAAGAGAGAGCAAGGAGGGAAGCAAGUGUUCUUAGGUACAAAGAGAAGCGCCAGAACAGGUUGUUCUCAAAGAAGAUAAGAUACCAAGUUCGGAAAUUAAACGCUGAUAAAAGACCAAGAAUCAAGGUCACUCUUUUUUUUAAAAAAAAUUCCUGUUUCUUUUCGUGCCAUUGGGUAUGGUCAUUUUGUUUUGUAAUGAAAUCAGCUUUUUCCGAUAUUUUUGUUUGUAGGGUCGCUUUGUGAAGAGACACUGAAGUUGCUCGAGAAAGAUCCCAAAACCCAAAAAAAAAUAUCUCCCUAAAAAAUCUAAGACCAUUCCCUGUACAUUUAUUUUUAAUUAAUUUCAACUCAAAAACAUUCUUGUAUUUAUCCAUUCAAAUUAUCCUUCACGUCCUAUAGAAUUGAAAAGGAAAAACACAAAAUAUCUCUGUUCCAAAUUUCAGGAUAAAAUUCAUUCCAUUUUUCAAUUUUUUUUUUUUUGUAUUUUACGUGUCUUGAACUUUCUUAUUAGGUCCACAGUUGUUAUAUUAUUAACUUCUGGUUUUAAUUA